CGAGAGCAGACAUUUUGGAUUUAAAGCGACAAAAGCAAAAGGAGCCCCCUCAGGCUGCGGUCGGGAUCUGCCACUGGGACAUAAACACGACUGGUCUUUCGAGGGGAGUGACAGCCAAUUGUAUUUCACGCACCCCUAUCCAUAUGCGACUCGGACAUGUCUUCUGGCAAGCGUGUUCAGUGUUUGCUGUAGAAUGGGGUUGUCCUGAGUGAUCCGAUCUCGCCUUUAUCUCCCGUUUCGUCUCUUGUUUUUGGAGCCGUGGUCUUGGUCAACGUCGGCAAGCUUCUCUCCUCUGCGGAUAGAUUGCUGUGUGCGGGUGCUGCUGACACCGAGUCGACGCGAACUUGCCAACCGGCGAGGGAGUGACAUAAAUCGCUGACCACACUUCCUCACUUCUUCAGAUCCUCCCUACCCUUCACCUUUGACCCCGUUGGCGUUGCCUGACCCCCUGGUGACCCCGCUCCGCCAUGUCUACGCUGGUGUUCCCGUCUCGCGCUGGAGGCGGAGAUGAGAAGAUGGAGAAGCUGACUCAAGAGGAAAUCAUGGCCAGCACACGGCUGGUGGCCCAGGGACUGGAGGCACUCAAGAGCGAGCACAACGCCAUCCUGCACAGCCUGCUGGAGACCAUCAAGUGCCUGAAGAAGGACGAGGAGGCCAGCCUGGUGCACGAGAAGAGCAGCCUCCUGAGGAAGAGCGUGGAGAUGAUCGAGCUGGGACUCGGAGAGGCACAGGUGAUGAUGGCGCUGUCGAGCCACCUGAGCGCGGUGGAGUCGGAGAAGCAGAAGCUGCGCGCGCAGGUGCGGCGGCUGUGCCAGGAGAACCAAUGGCUGCGCGACGAGCUGGCCAACACCCAGCAGAAGCUGCAGAAGAGCGAGCAGAGCGUGGCCCAGCUGGAGGAGGAGAAGAAACACCUGGAGUUCAUGAACCAGCUCAAGAAGUACGACCAGGACGUCUCGCCCACGCAGGAGGAGAAGGAAGGAGAGACCCCCAAGGACACUCUGGAUGACCUCUUCCCUGACGACGGUGACGACCAUGGCUCAGGAAUGCCUCAGCAGCAUAACAGCGCGGCGGUGGCGGCAGCCCAGCAGGGUGGCUAUGAGAUCCCGGCCCGCCUGAGGACCCUCCACAACCUGGUGAUCCAGUACGCCUCGCAGGGCCGCUACGAGGUGGCCGUGCCCCUCUGCAAACAGGCCCUGGAGGACCUGGAGAAGACCUCCGGACACGACCACCCGGACGUGGCUACCAUGCUCAACAUCCUGGCACUGGUGUACAGGGACCAGAACAAAUACAAGGAGGCCGCCCACCUGCUCAACGAUGCCUUGUCAAUCAGAGAGAAGACCCUCGGCAAAGACCACCCAGCGGUGGCGGCCACGCUGAACAACCUGGCGGUGCUGUACGGCAAGAGGGGCAAGUACAAGGAGGCGGAGCCACUCUGCAAACGCGCCCUGGAGAUCAGAGAGAAGGUGCUGGGUAGGGACCAUCCUGACGUGGCUAAGCAGCUGAAUAACUUGGCUCUGCUGUGCCAGAACCAGGGCAAGUAUGAGGAGGUGGAAUACUACUACUGCAGGGCCCUGGAGAUCUACGAGACGCGCCUGGGGCCCGACGACCCCAACGUGGCCAAGACCAAGAACAACCUGGCCUCCUGCUACCUGAAGCAGGGCAAGUACAAGGAGGCUGAGAUCCUGUAUAAGGAGAUCCUGACGCGCGCCCACGAGAAGGAGUUCGGCUCCGUGGAUGCCGAAAAUAAGCCAAUAUGGAUGCAUGCAGAGGAGCGUGAGGAAAGCAAAGGCAGGUUUGGUGAUGGUACUCAUUAUGGCGAGUAUGGAGGAUGGUACAAGGCCUGCAAGGUUAGCAGCCCCACUGUAAACACCACCCUGAGGAAUCUGAGUGCCCUCUACCGUCGCCAAGGCAAGAUGGAGGCCGCUGAGACUCUGGAUGAGUGCGCCAUGAGGUCUCGCAAACAGGUCCUGAGGGAUGGUGAGAGUGAUCGCGACCGCAGGCGGAGCAGAGACAGCCUGUCCAGCAUCAAGUACGAGAGCGGCUCAGAGGCCGGGGACGACGCCAGCGUGGAGUGGAACGGGGCAUAAGCCAGUACAGAGCUCUCUCUCUCUCUCUCUCUCUCUCUCUCUCUCUCUCUCUCUCUCUCUCUCUCUCUCUCUCUCGCUCUGUCUCUCUCAUUCUCUUGCUCUCUCUGUUUCUACCCCCAUCCCCACCCCCCUUUUUGUCUCUGCUUGCAACCACCAAUCAAAUCAAACUCCAAUCACGAUGGGCCAAUCAGGAAAGGGAAUGGUGAUGAUGAUGAUGAUGUGUGGUGAUGUCGCAUCCGUGUGUCCUGUCCAUCGUCGACUUCCUCCUCUUCAUCCUCCUCUUCCUCCACCCUUCCGCUGGAGUGUCAGUCCAUCCCUCCAUCCCUCCGGAUAUCUCCACAACCCUGUAAGGAUGAGGAAGUGAUGAGAGAAGAGAGAAGAGAGGAGAUUGGAGGAGGAGUGGAGAGGAGAGGAGAGGAAUGUCUGGGACUGUCGCUGUUUCCACUGCUACUGCUACUGCUAUUGCCUGGCUCUCUCCUGCCUGCCUCAAAUCAAUACUGUAUAGAAGGGUGAUGGGGGUGUGGGGUCUCCCUGCUUGCAUCAAAUCAACACGUUGGAUGGUCUGUGUGUGGAGGGGCUUCUGCCUGUCCAGUUGAAGUGUGGGAUACUGUAUGUGUGGGGGUUUUGGUUUGGUGUUCUGCCUGUUCUACAUCAGUCUACAUGUGGAAUUAUAUAUGUCGGGUUUCUGCCUGGAUUCUGAUUUGGGGUUUCACUCCACGUAAAAACAGACACUUUGGUGCCCGACCUGUACGAAUUUUAAUGAAACUUGGUGUACCUUUUUAGUGAGACGGUAGAACACCAAAAUUGCAUUUGCACAAAUCUGGUACCAAGG